ACGGGCGGAGGAGAGAUGCCGCACCGCGCGCGGCCGAUGAUGGGGCUGCUGGUGUGGACAGGCGUCAACCUCGUCCUCCUCAGCACCAUCACCCCCGUCUACGACUUCGUCUGCUUCCACCCCUACUGGGACCGCAGGAGAGAACGCCGUCAAAGGGAACGUGAAGCACUGCAAGGCAAUGGUUCUCUAGAAACUGCAAAAUAAACUCUACUAGGUAUCUGCUUACAUUAUUAGCUUAUCACAUCCUGGAUUGUUCAUUUACUUGGGAUGGAGUAAGUUUGAUGAAGUUGCGACCAGGCUUUUCAGUGUCGGUGGGUCAUUAGAUCUUGUUUCGUGAUGCUCCUGCAAUGCAUCAAUUCUCUGUAAUGACAAACCA